CAUUACCUGCAAAGGGAACCGCGACAACGACUACGGGAGGAAUGUUGUAAAAGUUGAUUUAUACCCACGUUUAGUUAACUUAAACACCAUAUUUCAGGUGGAAGAGGAGCCAGCUAUCGUCCAAGUUCAGAGACUUUGGGCAGGGUGCUGUCCUGUGGGAUGGAUGACACCCAAGAGCAGGACCACUACGAGGAGCGUCUAAAAGAAGUUUUUAACAGUUUUGACGCAAGCGGCUACGGCUCACUGUGCCCAGAGGAACUCUCUGACCUCUGCCAGUCCCUGCACCUGGAUGAUGCCACACCAGCUCUUCUCGAUACCCUGCUGCAGAACCAGGACCGCCUCACUGCCAGGGUUGACUUUGACCAAUUCAAGAAUGCACUGAUUCUGGUAUUGUCAUCGACUAUUGAGCCGCCCCAAUCGGAACAAGAGACCGUGUCAAAACCAGAUUCUCCUGAAAUCCAACCAAAGUUUGUGAAGGGCAGUAAACGCUAUGGCCGCCGCUCCACACCAGAUUUCCUAGAGCCUAUUUCAGACUUGUCUGAAGUUAGAAAUGCAAACACGGUAGAGGAGGAGGAUCUGGAGGACAACUAUGACUCGGCUGUGCCCAGGAAGCGUGAGCGCUGGAAUGGUCACGAAACAAGCACAGAGGAGUAUGAGGCAGAAGGCCAGAUGCAUCUCUGGAACCCGGAUGAGCCGAGCACACCCCGGGGAUCCAUCAUUCCUCUAUCGACCUGUUCAGAGGAGAGACUGCGUGAAGCCUGCGACGACCUGGCGUUACCAUGGAAUGGAUGUGCCGAUCACACUAAACUGCUCACUCUUUGUGAACACUUGGGCCUUGAGAUAAAUGUGGAUAUGCUCCAGAGUCUAACCGGCGAUGGAGAGAUGAAUGUUCAGGAGUUUGUUUCCAGGGUUGUAAACCACAACAAACCGCCCACACCGUCAGCCUCCACGCCCUACAGACAGCUUAAACGACACCACUCCACUCAGCCCUUUGAUGAGGGAGGCCGCAGGAUAGCCACUCCUUCUGCCCUGACCAGCAGCAUUGGCAUGCGUCUCUUCUCCACCCUUGAUGAUGGUACCGGUUUCACUCCAGUCGAAUACAUCCUGGAUGCCUGGAUGGAAGAGGGAAUAGAAAACAGCAUUGAGAUCCUGCAGGCUUUGAAUUUCAGCCUAGAUGGAAAACUGAGUCUUAGUGACCUCACCAUGGCACUUGAAAAUGAGCUACUCGUUACUAAGAAUGGGAUUCACCAAGCGGCACUGGCGAGCUUUAGAGCUGAGAUCAGAUAUCUCCUAGAGCGUGUAGACCGAGAACUCAGGGAAAAAGAGAAAAUCCGAUCUGACCUUGAAAAAGCAGAAAAACUCAAAACUCAGCUUGCCGCUGAGGUGGAUGAGCGUCACUCUGCGAUAGAGCACACAAAUAACCUCAAUCUCAGGAAGCUUGAAGAGGACCACAAAGAGAAGCUAGCAGCGUUACGAUCAGAGCUGAUGAAAGAGAUGGACCAGAUACAGCAGCAGGCCGGCCUGCAGCGUGAGGAACUGGAAGCAGAGGUCGGGAGGAUCAGGGAGGAUGAGUCUCUUCUCAGAGACCACCUCUCCAUCUCUGUGAAGGAAAACCGACGUCUUGAAAUGGAGUUGCUGGACAAUGCUGAAAAACUUGUGGAGGCACAAAGUCAAAUUACAAAACUUCAGACAAGUUUGGACAACAUUAUGAAAGAAAAGUUUGGAGACCUGGACCCUGGCAGCGCAGAAUUCUUCCUCCAAGAGGAACGUAUUAAACAACUACGCAGCAGCUACGAAGCCCAGUACAGGGAACUGCAGGAUCGUAUUGACGAGCUGCAGUCAGAGUUGCAGGAGUUCCACAAUCUGGGACGUGUUCAUCAGCCCUGCCACAAACCCCUUUCUGAAGAGCUGGAGAGUAAAAGCCCCGGCAUGGAGUCUGAUCCAGGUAUUGGUUCAGAGGAGGUACAGCCGUUCAGCAUGAGCCUUGAGGCAGAGAUGAUGUUGGAGCAGCUGAAGGAUCAGCACCUUCAGGAAAUGGAAGAUUUGCGAAUCCAGCUGGAAUGCAAGAUCAGUGAAUUUGACAAGAUGGUAGCAAAGCAGAGGGUGAGCCAUGAGGACCAGAAGGCUGCCUUAACCCUCCAGUACCAGCAGGAGGUCCAGGCUUUGAGGGAGGAGAUGGCCAGCAUUCAGAACCAUGCACAGGAGCUCCAGAGCCAGCUAGAGCAGACGGUGCUGGAGCGAACUCAGGCCGAGGAGAGGGAAAAGCUCGAAAAUCUGCAGGAGGAGGAAGUGGGAACUCUGAGACAACAACUGUUAGAGGCCAACACCUACGCUGCAGACCUGGAGGAGCAGCUGAAGACCCUUGAAGCCCUGCAGGCAGAGACAGAUGAAAACCUUGUUAAUGAUAUGGAGGAGCUGAGGAAACAACAUGCCAUUGAUAUUAGGAAACUGCAGGAGGAGCAUUUACAGCUUUUAGAAGCCAGACUGGAAGAGGAGAGAGAGAAACUGCAGGAAGAAAAGGCUGAGUUGGAGAAUAGAUUGUUAGAUGAUUGGGAAAGGGAGAAAGAUCUGUUGCAACAAAGCCAUAAGGAGGACCUGAAGGCCAGACUAGAGGAGUCACGGGUGAGGUUUGAGGAAGAGCGUGAUGAGAUUUUGCAGAGACUGACAGAAGAGUGGCAGAAAGAGAGGGCUCAGCUGGAUGAGCAGAAUAACGAGUCUCUGCAGGUGGUGCUGGAGGAAGAGAUGUUGAGACUUGUCAGGGAGCAAGAGGAGAAGGAGAGUAAGCUCAGGGAGCAGUGGGAGAGUGAACGAGUCCAGCUUCAGGAGCGUCAGGAGGAGGCUCUGCUCGAGAGGACACUGCAAGAAAGGUUGCAGUCUCAACAGCAGUUUGAGCAGAGGGAGAAAAAGCUGAAGGAAGAGUGGGAGAGAGAGAGACUGCAACUGGUAGAGGAUUAUGAAGGGAUGCUACAGGAGAGGCUGAACGAAGAGAGGGAGAAGUAUGAGACUGAGACGGAGGAGGUGGAGAGGAGACUAGAAUACUUAAUGGCAGAGGAGAGGGUUCGUCUAGAGGAGAGCCACCGAGAGGCCAUGAAGGAGCUAACUAUAAAGCACGCUGGAGAGAGGGACGCUCUCAGCAGCAUGUUGGACAAACUACGAGAUGACAUCGCUCAGGAGAGGUCUGAGGCCUGUCGUCUUGCUGAAGAAAACCUCGUCCUCAGGCAAAAACUUACUACGUUGAAGGAAGAGGACUUGAAAGAGGCCCAGGAAGAGUUGAUACAAACAUUGGAGAACUUAAAAAAGGGGAAGAUUGCGGCUCAAACGGCAGAGGAGAAUUUCAAGAAACAGAUUUCAGAGCUGCAUUUGCAGAACCAGCAACUGGAGGAUGAGAAUGGGAUGCUGUCAAAGAAAAAUGCCCAAAAUAUUGCUGAUGUGGAGAAUCUACGACAGCAGCUGUCUGAGCUGAGAAAGGAAAAUGAGAGGAGGGAGGCGUUACCCGCUGAAGAGAAAAGCAAGCUGGCAGCUUGUGUGUCUUCUCUGGAGGCAGAGCUGAACAAAGCUCUGGAGGACACUGCACAGCUGGAGGAGAGGAAUACCGAGCUGUCACAGCAGCUCUCUGGCCUCAGAGAGAAGGCGGCCAAAGUCGACUCCAUGGAGAGCCAGCUCAGCCACCUCGUAGAGGAGCGAAAGAGUGUGGACAAGGAGACUCUGGGCCUCCGCAACCAGCUAGCCAAAGCUGAAGAGAGGGUCAAGACAAUGGAUGAAACUAUCCAGGCUGCAAACCAUCAAAGUGCUCGUCUUAAGUCAGACCUCCGUUUUUCGCAGCAAGAGAGGGAUUCCCUCAAACAUGAUGUUGCAGUGCUAAACAAACGACUGCAAAAUGUCAAUGAUAAAAAUCAUGUUCUGGAGAUGGCCUUGCACUCGAGUGGUCUCCAGAAUCAGAGCAAGAAGCUGUACAGAGGCGAAAUGUCUCGGCUGAUGGAGAAGGAUCAGCAACUACUGAGGCAGGAAAACGAGAGGCUUCAGGCAGAAGUGCGCAGCAUCAAAGGAGACCUUGUGCAGUCCAGAGAGAAGGUCCGUCAGCUUGAUGCUACCAUCAUGUCCCUGAAGCAGCACAAACAACAGAGUCAGUCCUCCCUGGUGAAGGCCCUGGAGCAGGAGAACACCUCUCUGAAGCAGGAACUUGAGGCACAAAAGGAGCUCAACAAAGGCCACGAAGCAGGACAGGGACUCUCAGAACUAGAGAACCUUAAACAAGAAAAUGAGGCGCUCAGGAGCCAAAUGGCUCGACUGUCUACACAGCUGCUAGAGACAUAUCAGGCUCACCUCGUUGGACUUCUGCCUCCAUCACCUCACAGGAUGGCCAGGGGACAGCAUCGUGGCGAAGAGCCGGACAACAUGCAGGCGGCGAUGCCGGAGCAGCGGGCAGCUCACGCAGACAGCUACCGGCGGAUCGGUGGAUUGUAACACCAGCGUCUAUCCCUGCUCUUCACUUUAGCCUCCUAUUUCUUCCAAGACAGCACUUCUCAGUCCUGCUCUUCCUCUGCUAUGUCUGGACUGUGGCACACGAUGCCGUCCUUUCUGCAUCCUUACAGGAGAUUGUGAACAAAUGUGGUGCCUGAUUUGAAAAGGCAUGAAUGUGUAAUUGUAUUUCCCUGCUGCUAGGUGGCAAGAAAACACAGAAAAGACUCCUGAGAUUUUCCCAAUGGGAUUUUGAUUAAAUAAUGGCAUUACCACUGAAAAUGUAACAUUUGUCAGACAUUCCAUAUCAAAUUUAACAUCUACAAAGUUGUUUCUUGACAGAAUUUGACUUUUAUAAGGACCUUUUUUGUGACUUUUUGUAGUUUAAAGACAGGGAAUCUUUUUAAAGCAGGGUGCAUUUUCUGGUAAUGUUCUGUUAUGCACUUGAACCAUUUAUCAUUGUCUGAGACAGGGUGUAUAUGCAUCCUCAGAGGCUAAAUCUUGUGUGACAGCUUGCCUUAUGAUCAUCGAGGAGUGUUGAGGCGAGGUUAGUGCCUACCAGCCUUCUGAGCCUUUUCAAUCAAGCAAAUUCAACCUGUAAUUGUCAGGCGAUGUUACAGUCUGUCCAGUGAGGGUUUAUCAAGAUAUAAAGUGAAAGUUUCACUGUUUGUCUUUUGUUGUUUAUGCCUGUAUUUCUUAUCUGACACUACACAUAGCUGAAUGUUUCUUCAAGCUGCGUGUUUAUGUUGUGUUUGUGUUCUGGGACUGUGUUUUGCAGUUUCUGCUGCUGCUGCACAACCAAAGUGAAUCACCUCUUUCUGGGUUAUUUUUCCUAAACAAGAACUGUUCACACACGUCACACAAUUGUUAACUUGAAUGUUUACCUGGUAUUUAUUACUGGAAAAUCCAUGCAAACCAAAUUAUUUGUCCCCGGUAGUGUGUAAUUAAUCUAUUAAUGUUGUAUUUGUGUUUUGGUUUUUGAGUAACUUAAUGAGUCUCUCUUUUUUUUCUUUUUUUUUUUCUUCUAUGUAUAGAGUCAAAUGUAUUUUAUGUUUUAUUUAUUUUGAUAGAAUCAUGGGUUUAUUUUAUUUAUGCAUUAAAUUAUUUUUUUUGUAGAGGUAUAUGGAAUACAUGGCAUCAUUUUUAUACCUAUUUAUAUAUUUAUUUAUUUUUUAGUGCAUUGUCCUCUCUUUUUAGAAAUAUACCAAAUCAUUUUAUGCUGAAAUCAACAUAAAAUAAAGCAUCUAGGUCAUUAGAA